AUGGCUGAUGUUACAGUUGAUGAAGUAGUGGACUCCUUAGUUAAAGAGAUCGAGAAUGAAAUGGAAAAUACAAUAAGUAGUGCAAAGCCUGUGUUGUUGCCCCCUAGGACACAACCAAAGUUUCAGAUACCAUUGAAAGAGAUAGGUAAUGAUACCAUGGAGAUGAUUAUAAAAUAUAAUACAGGCACCAAUGGUAUUAGUACGAUGAAGAGUGGUGAAGAUGAUGAUGAUGUCACUGAAGAAGAGAUGUUCAAUGAGACAAAUGCUUUGGAUUUAGAUCAAGAAAAAGUCACGAGGAAUGUUAGAGAGUAUACAUUGGCGGACUAUGAUUUAAGUAUAGGAUCCAUUGGGACACUAAGUACAGGUCAGCAGGAUGUACUUGAUAUGGAAGAUGAGGACGAUGAAGAGCACAUCGAGGACCCUAGCGUAUCUGAAACUGAGAAACAAAAUAUAAAUGAUGGUGUAAAUGAGCCUCAAGAUAUACCUUAUGAAGAAGAACAGGUUUUGGAUGAGAAAGUUGAAGAGUUUAAUGAGGAUGGGGAAGCAGGGAGUAUCGUUCCUUCAUUGGAAGAUAAAUAUAUAUGUGAUGAUGAGAAAGAAACUACAGCUACAACGGAACAUCAUGAAGCAUCUAUUGAUACUGAUCCUGAAUAUGAAGUUCAUUUCCAACCAUUAUCAACCAUUGGUGGAUUAGGUUCAACGAAAUCGGAUAUAAAAUUGGCAUUGCCCUCGAAUGAAACUCAGUUGAAUAAUAAUUACUGCGUAGACCUUAACGGAUCAUUCGAUUUACCUAACCUUGUUGAUCAAGAACCUAUUAUUAUGACUACCAUAUUUGAAGAUGGUGCUAGUACAAUGACUGAAAAUAUACCUCCACUUGCUAAGGAUGGACAAUUGUCAAACGAUUAUCUUUCAAUAUGGCAUUAUCAAAAUAAUAAUAAUAAUAAUAAUAAAUCAAAUGGUGAAAAGAUUACUUCCCCAGCAUUGAGUAGUCAUUCGAGAUUCUCAGAUGGUACAGUGACUACCUUAGUUAAUUCUCAACAAGGACAACAACAGUUGGAUGGACCCUCUAACAAUUCGAAUUUCUCAUUUAAGCCUCGUUUGGUAAGUAGAAGUAAAGUUCAUUAUCCCAACUCAAAUCCAAGUAGUAGGGUUAGCUCAGGUGAAGUAAAUGCCAUUGUUAUUCCAGGGGGCCAUAAACCUUAUUCUAGAGUGUCUUCUUCAGGUAGAGACAAUAUCUAUUCGAAUGGAGAGUACGCUUUUAUGGGUGACGUUAUUGAUAACAGUAUUGAUUUUACAAAGGAAAACCCUUUAGAUUUUACAUUUAAUAACAAUGGAGAUUUUUCUAAAUUAAACUCAUUUGCUCUGUUACCGGAAACAAGCUUAAUUAAAAGGGUAACUGAUGCUAAUUUGGGGGAAUCACCAGACACUUCAUUGCAAAACCUUGAAGAAUCAUUAUCUACAAUAAUUGAUUUUGAUAAACCUAAUGUUCUUUCAAAUUAUUUGGAACAUGAAUUAGGUACUGGAUUCGGAGAUUUUCUCUAUUCAAUUGAUCAAGAAAAUACCAAGAAGUCACAAAAUGAUAAUUCUCAUGUGAUUGAUCUUGAUUCAUUAAAAGGGAAGGCCCAAUCUGAAUCAAGUUCUAUUAAAGAUGAUACAAUUUUAUUUGAACAGUUUGAAUCUGGAACUCCCGUUAAAAGCAUUGCGCCAAGGCAAUUGGUAAAUAAAUACCAUACACAGAGUCCAAUUAAAGUAAUUGGAAAAUUAAAUCAUAAAAUUCCGAUAAAACUAACUUCAGAUGAUUCAAAUCAAAUUACAAAACCGAAAUUUGUUGAGCCAUUUUCAGAAAAUAGUAUCGUAGAAAAUGCUGCCUCUUUAGAACAAUCAAGUAUUGUUACAAGGGAGAGUCCAUUGGUUGAAACUAUAUCUAUCCCAAAAGCAGUUACAGUCAUGAAGACUGUAGUUAACCCAUUACCAGAUGCUGGUAAAAUAUACAUUUCAUUUGGAACGUUAUCAUUUUUCGAUUUGGAAGGUGUUGAAUCGCAUAAAUCAAAGUUUUCUGUUCACUGUAAGUUUGGUGACAUGCAAUUAACUACACCAUACGCAGCACUAACUCGUAAACAACUAGAGAUGAAACAGGACCUUACAAUAACUUUAACCGACAAAUUUUUUGAACAACAAAAUAAUAUAUUAGAUAUCCUUAUUAAGUGUGCCUACGAAAAGGUAAAAACAGAUUUAGUGCCAGUUAAAGAAAAAGUUCAAGUAGGUAAGAAACAUUUAUUCCGCAAGACGAAAUAUGUAUACAAAACUAGGUAUGUUCAAAGAUCGAUCGAUACUGACAGAUGGGAUCAUUUAUUUGGUCCCAAAGGUGAAUAUUGUACAGGUUCUUACACAUUUUCCAAAGAAGAAAUAGAAAAGCUUAAAUUUCAAAAUAAGACGAUUACCAUAUCUUUAAAAAAUAAAUGGGCUAAAGGUUUGAAUCCAUAUGAAGUAACAAACAUCAGAGUAAAAGUCAGCUGCAUUUCUAGGACUUCCAAGGAUGAAAUAUUACCAGAAAAUAUAAAGGUAGCUAGUAAAAUUUUAGAAAAAUAUAGGAGACAACAGAGUAUAUCUAAAUGUGGAUACAUGAUUCAAGAUGGAGGUGAUUUAUCUGGUACAAUUCAAAGAAGACACUUUGAACUAAACGGUAACGUGUUAACAGCAUGUCACGAAACGUCUCAUAAACCUCAGUUACUAAUUAACCUACUUAAUGUGAAAACUGUUUCUGGUUAUGAGGUAUACGAUGAGGAAGACAAACGUAAAUUUACAAAUUUUACAGAUCGUAUCUUACUAAAUGAAUGUAUUCAAUUAGUUUUUGAAAACGAUGAAGUCAUAAGCUUUAACGUUGAAGGAGGAGAAGAGGAAAAGUCUGACUGGUUUAUGAAACUAAACGAAGUCGUUCAACUAAACGUUUCGCAUCAACCCUGGGUUAAGUAUCUACUAAGAGAAGAAGAAUUCCAAGAUGUCCCUAAGGACAAUACAACAUAA